AAUUCUGUGUUGAUAUAUCUUGUCAUAUUAAAAACAAGUGAACUUGUGAAAAUUUGCAAUUAAUUUGGGUGACAAUAAUGAGACUUAUUAUAUUUAUAUCGUGCUUGGCAUCAAGUACGGUUUAAAUGUACCUAUAGUCAAAGGCAUAAUAAAAACGCUAGUGGAAUUUGCACCAAGUGUUAUUGUAUAAAACUGCAAUAUGAUCAAUAUAAAAAGUAUAUGUCCUUAUUUUUUUGUUUAUAUUUUACUUUCAUCUUAUAUAAACACUAUUUUAUGUAUCCCGGUACCAAUGAGGCGCUGUGCAAAGUUAUACAACUCAAUAAGUCCUCAAGCCUCGGCAGAGUACGAUGAGAAUGGCGAUAUAUCAAAAGAUCUGGUCGAAAAUACUACUUACACAGGUGUAGAACAAUGCACAAGUAAUUUUUGUUACUCUUUGUGGCGGGAAGAUGAAAACGGUACUCUACAUGUUAUGGGUCAGGGUUGCUGGGUAAGCUCAGAUAAAGAAGCUAGUUGUUACCAAAAUGAAUGUAUCUCACAUGGUCCUUCUUCUCAAGCAUUAUCAUACACAAGAUUUUGUUGUUGUUCUGGUGAUUUGUGCAAUAAAAAUAUGUCAACGGAAAGUUUUCCUUUGAUUACAACAGAUAUUCCGAUGAUUUCUAUUGAUCAAAACAUUUCACAGGAUGUGAACUUUGAUAGCUUAACAUUGUACAUAAGUAUCAUUCUGGCAACAAUAUUGUUUUUAAUCACAGCUGGUUUUAUAAUUUAUAAAUAUAAGAGUCAAGAAGUGGCGACAUACACAGCUUCAUCUGGACCUGGCUAUAGUUCCAAUUUAUAUAAUGUGGACAAUUUGAAAUUAGUUUCCAUGGUAGGUAAAGGACGAUAUGGAACAGUUUGGCGUGGUUCAAUUAAUGAAGAACCUGUUGCUGUAAAAAUAUUUCCAGCACAUCACAGAAACUAUUUUUUAAAUGAAAGAGAUCUAUAUUGUUUGCCAAUGAUGUCUAAUCCUUCUCUUUUAACUUAUUAUGGAUGUGAUGAACGCUCAACCAUGGAAGGCAUACCUGAGUAUUUACUAGUUUUGUCAUUAGAGACAGGAGGCUGUUUACAAGACUAUCUUAAAAACAAUAUUUUACCUUGGGAUGUAUAUUGUUCUAUGGCUCAAAGCAUUGUCCGAGGUAUUGCUCAUUUGCAUACAGACAUUAGGAAAGGAGAUUUGCUUAAACCUUGCAUUUGCCAUAGGGACAUAAACAGUCGUAACGUUCUUGUAAAAUCGGAUCUUACCUGUUGUAUUUGUGAUCUAGGUUUUGCUGUUAAAACAUGGGGACCGCGAUAUGAGCACAAUGGUGAGCAACAAUUAGCAGAGACAAGAAGUAUUAAUGAAGUCGGUACAUUACGCUAUAUGUCUCCUGAAAUAUUAGAAGGUGCAGUGAAUUUGAGAGAUUGUGAAUCUGCCUUGAAACAAAUUGAUAUUUAUGCCUUGGGGCUUGUCCUUUGGGAACUGAGUACUCGUUGUAGUGAUUUUUAUCCAGCAAAUUUUACAAUUCCUGAAUAUUGUGCUCCUUUUGAGAAAGAACUGCCUUCUCAUCCUAGUUUUGAGCAAAUGCAAGUUAUGGUGUGCAGACAUAAAACAAGACCUGUUUUUCCACCAGGUUGGGGCUGUAUAAAUUCUCAAGCUUCUAAACUAGCAAAAGAAACUUGUGAAGACUGUUGGGACCAUGAUGCUGAAGCAAGACUCACAGCUUUAUGUGUAGAAGAAAGAUUAUUUGAACUGGCCUCGAUUAAACCAAACAGACUUCAAAACACAGUCAGUAGCCCACCCUUAGAUGCAAAUAAUUUGGUGAAAGAUAAAAAUGGGACUAUGGAACCAGUUCAUAUUGAAACAGGGUAUAUUAGUGAUAAAAACACAAAUGCUUGUCCUCAAAUGCAAGCGUUUCAGGGUCGGAAUCCAUGUUUAGAAAGAAAUUUAAUGGCUAGUGAUCGGUAUGCUGAGAAUACAGUUUUAAUUGAAAGAAGUCUUAAAGAUGAAAUUGUAGAUAAUUUUAAUGCAAUGACAAAUGAUUCGAACAUUAUGCAUGUUGUGAAUCAGGAUAUUUCUGCCAUUAUAGAAAAUCGUCAUAAUUACUCAAAUCAUAAUGAACAAGCUAGAAACAACAUAGAAGAUGCCUUAUUGUUUCAGACAGCUACUCCUAUACCAUAUUUACAAAAUGUUGAUAUUAGUAAAUUAACAAAUGUUACUAAAACAACAAGCAGCAAAUCUUCGGUAUGGCAAAGCAUAAAAAAUUUGUUUGAUCGAAAUAAAAUAAAUAUAAGAUUUGAUGAAACUGUUUGUGAUGAAAAAUCAAAUUUAGUAUUUAACGGAGGCGAUACCACUGAAGCACCAACAGUUGACAAAACUAAGACACAAAUAAUAAAUGCAUCAAAUAAUGAAGUUCAAAAUAGGAACUAUUAUGAAAAUUCUUCUAAUGAUAAUUGUAAUAAAACAUCGUUGAACACCUCUAAUGAAAGUUCAGUUGAUAGUUGGUCACCUAAAGUGAGGCCAAAUUCCUUGCCUCUAGAUUCCAUAAAAAAUCAAUAUUCGCAGAAUUUGAAUAGACAACAUUCCCUUGAAAUUUUUCAUGAAGUUUUCUCAUCUACUGGAGAUUUAAGAAAAUUGAGAGACCCCAGUCAAAGGGUUAAGACUCCAGGGGACGUACCUCCUAGCGUCAGAAGGGCUAGAAGUAGAAGAAGUUGCAAUAGACUUUCAUUAUAUGAUGAUAGAAUGAUGGUUACAAUAGGCCACUCUUUGUAAUUAGUUUUUUAUAAUUAAAAUUAUAAUUAUUAAGCUAGAAUCAUCAAACCACAUAUUAAAUUGAGCUCAAUCUUUA